AUGAUGAUGGCACAGAGGCCAGGCAUUCCCAGACUGUAUAGUGGGGCGGUCAAUGCCAUGUUUGAUGAUGUCGACGAUCUCAUGCGUGGGGAAAGAUCAACAGACAGCGAACCGCUCCCGCCUCCAUUCACAGCAACUGGAUCGGCUGCUGUUACAACAGCGGCAGCAGCGCUUUCACUGGCCAAUGUGACUCAGACCACUACGGCACCUUUCAACAACUCAGCGCCGGCUUAUCAGCCACCUCUACGUCAACGAAUCGCUGGCUACUACCAAAGACAUACACAGCUCACCAAGACUCUCGAAGACCUCGGUGACAUUCCUGUCCAGCUCAAUGCCGUACAACACGACAUCUUCUCUGUUACUGGAAAAGUCAAAUGCCAGGAAACUCGCCUCAAGACAUUGCAGACCAUUUCUCAAGAGACGCGCGAUGCACACGCCAAAAUGAGCAACUCUCUGACCAAGCGCCUGAUAAAUAAGCGAGGAAAACGGUCCCAUUUACUAGUCCAAGCUCAUGACCAAGCUGAGAAAGCGGCAGUACAGCAAGCUGUACACGAAGCUGAGCUCUCACACAACCGAUCGGUACUGGCGUCCAAGCUACAACGCAAACUAGAGCUCGAGCACAGUCUGGUCGAAUACCAAGCUGUAUCAGACCAACUCGACAAGAUCGACGACACUCUGUUCGAUGGAGCGACACCUGAAUUCAUCCAAGAUGAUUUUGCCGAGUGGGAGGUCAAAGUGUGGCUGCAAGUGCAAAGUCUCAUGGCUGCAGAGACCAAUCGCGAGAAAAGGGCACGUGAGUUGCUCAAAGGUGCCAUUCCCAUUCUCACAUCCAUCAUCAAGGACGUCCAAAGCGCGCUCCAGUUUUGCAUCGAUUCAGGCGUGGCAAGGAACCAGAAGUAUGCAAAGGAUCUCAUCUCCAAUACUACGAUCAAAUCCACCGUCCGUGGCACUCAACCGUUGGUGCUCAGGGCCAAGACCAGCUCGGGCAAGUUUUUCACUACUGUGGCCAAAGCUCGCGGCAGUCAAAUGCUCGUUGAGCGCCCACCUGAGUUCCGCCUGAUCGAGCUUUACCUGAUGCCGGGCAGCAAGAAUCCAAGGGCGGUGGAUGAACAUGGACUACAUAAGUCGCUCGAGACAUCGUAUGCCCAGGCCAAAGCGCUCGACUCGUACCUCAAACGCGAGAUCUCAGCCAGUCUUGAGCGCCAAAAGAAGCUCACUGUCGAGACGGCCAAGUUGCACGAUACAGUAAAGGAUGCACGUCGGCAUCUUCGUUCGGUUCGUCGAGAACUUGUUCUUGCCGUAGUGCGAGAGGAUGGUGAUCAGGCGAACAGCACAACAGAGUCAUUCGCCAUUGGCACUCAGUCCAGCGCUGGGCAACGAGACUAUGCGCUGCCAUUACAAGACGUUGCCAAUCCAAUGAUUUCUACGCACUUUCAGGAGAAUCUGCGCAAAGAGUCGCAUGCUCGUUUGCGCAAACUCGUAAAGCUCCCGGAACCUGAAUCGGACGAUGACAAUCUGUACCCAGUCAUCGCUUGA